AUGAUUAAACAACAGCAACCACAACAACUUAAGGCACAAAACACCCAGGUCCUUCAGACCAUUACAUACGCCAUAUAUGCAUAUAAUUCAAAGACGGCAGAACAAACGCAAAGGUUGAAAUAUGGAGAUUUGGAGAUAGUAUUGAAAAAUGAACAUUUCGAAUUCGUUUGCAAAGGCGGUGCAGUGAUAUCAAAUAUAAAAGAAAUUUUAUUUAUGAAUUCUAAAAUUAAAGGUAUAACGGAUGAUAUAACAUCAAUUCCACCAGAAGAACAGAGAUAUUACGCAUUAAAUGCAUUUCCUAAAGUUUUGAAGAUUGGAAGAUUUAAUUUAAAUGAGGAAUUCAUAGAAGGUUUCCUAAAUGACAUAAUGAAGAAGGUGGAUAAGGAAUAUGUGGAUAGUGAGUUAAAUAAGAAGGCAAAUUUGGUUUAUGUUGAUGAAAAAGAUAAUGAAAUUAAAGAAAAGGUUGAAUGGUAUCAUGAGUGGACAUCGGAGACUUUUAAAGUUAAAGCUGAUACAGAAUGGGUUUCAGGAUGUUUAGACCUUAAGGCGGAUAAAACAUAUGUGGAUGAAAAUUAUGCAAAGAAGUCGGAAGUAAAUGAUGUGAUUACAAGCAUGAAAAAUGAAAUUCUUCAAACAUUAUAUCCUGUUGGUUCUAUUUAUACGUCAAUGAACUCAACAAAUCCAGAAACAGUUUUAGGUUUUGGUACGUGGAAGCAGAUUGUAGAUAAAUUCUUAUACUGUGCUAGAUAUUCAAAGCAAACAGGAGGUUCGAAGAAAAUUAAAGAAGCAAACCUUCCACCGCACACUCAUACAGGAACUACAAACACAACAG